UUAUAUUUGGAUGGGUUUUAUAAUAUAAUACGAAAAGAUAGGAACUGUUUCGGGGGAGGUGUCAUGAUCUAUUUUUCUAGUCAAAUACGUGUUAUUAGACACUAUGAUUUUGAACCCUCUGACAUUGAAUGUAUUUGUAUUGAAAUUGAUAACCAUACCUCUAAAAUCUUUUUAUGCUGUGUAUAUCGUCCUCCGAACUCGGAUAGUGGUUUUUGGACCAAACUUGCAUGGUGCGUUGAUAAAAUGAGUGAAAAAUCGGAUAAAAUAAUUUUAGUCGGUGAUAUAAAUGUUGAUCUCCUUACUACUCCACAAACACAUAUAAUCCAUGAAAUUAUCGCAACACAUAAUCUUGUUAAUAAUAUCCACGAACCUACAAGAAUUACACACACGUCGAGCACGCUCCUUGACCCAAUUCUCACUUCAGUUGAUAUCCAAGUUCGUGAAUCGGGUACAUUAGUAAUGGACUCUUCCGUAAGCGACCACAGAGCUACCUAUUUAUCACUUUCUUCGAACAUAAAUUACAAACGAUCUUACAAAAGAAAAGUUUGGGCUUAUAAAAGAGCUGACUUUGUUAAACUUAAUUCUUUAAUUGAAAAUUGUGAUUGGAAUAAAAAUAUAAACGAGGCUCAGACAGUAGAUAUAGCAACAGAAAAUUUUACAUCUGAAUAUCUUGCGUGUGUUCGCGAAUGUAUUCCUGAACAAACGGUAACCAUACGUCCUCGCGACAAACCAUGGUUUGAUUCACUUCUAAGGAAAACAAUGAGAACUAGAAACCGACUUCAUAAAAAAGCACACAAAACCAAAAAAGAUUCCGAUUUUGCCGCAUAUAAAGAGGUCCGAAAUUCAGCAAACAAUAUGAAAAAAUAUGCAAUAUCAAAUUAUUAUGACAAUAUUGAUACAGCUUUAGAUGAUUCAAACAAAAAUAAUAACAAACUUUAUUGGAAGUGACAGACUGUUCAUCGUCAUUUAGGUCUAUUGUUAUCACAAAACCUUAGCUGGACAGAAUACAUUGAUAGCAUUGUAAACAAUGCUUAUAAGAAACUCGGGCUUUUGAAAAAAACUAAAGUUUAAAAUCGGCAGGACACACCUUUCAAAAUUGUAUAUCACAUUUAUCAGACCCUCGCUCGAAUACGCUUCAAUUGUUUGGGAUGGCUGCUCUAAUAAUGAUGCCGAAAAGCUUGAAAGAGUUCAAUUAUCUGCAGCUAGAAUUG